AUGUCUUCCCGCCACUCGUACUUUGUUUGCUUCAUCUUGUCUUUCGGGUUCGUUGGCCGACUCGACGGGGUGCUGCGUCGUCCAUCGCGAUCAGACGCCGAUGCAAGACCGGAGUACGUAUACAGUGUGACACCUGAGGCAGUAAAAAAUACAGAACGAUAUCGGACCGAUGUCCGACUUUCACCUGGCUCUUGGAGGCGGCUUACGCCGUCCGCCGACUUUCUUCCUUUGUUGAAGUUUGCGCCAUGUCCACGAUUCUCCAACGUCAACUCUGACUGGUCCACUCGGCCGAGGAUGGAGAUGAUGGAUCACGGGCACUCUUAA